AUGAACAACACUGCUAAGUGCCAUGAUGAUCACACCCUGGAUAAGUAUUUGUUUCCAUUUGUGUAUGGCAUUGUGAUGAUAAUCAGUAUUCCCACCAACUGCAUAUCUCUCUAUGUAUCUUGCAUUCAGGUGAGGAAAAAGAAUGAGUUAGCAGUCUACCUCUUCAGCCUAUCCCUGGCUGACCUUUUGUACUCUCUGAUUCUGCCUCUGUGGAUUGAUUAUGCCUGGAAUGGAGAUAACUGGAGGCUCUCUGCCUUGCUUUGUCAGAUUUCUGCCUUCCUUAUGUAUAUGAAUUUCUACACCAGCACUGCGUUCCUUGCUUGCAUCUCUGUUGACAGGUACCUGGCAUUAGUUCAUCCCUUGAAGCUCCAGCACUUGCGCACAAGAAGAAUUUCGCUGAUUGUUAGCAUAGUUGUUUGGCUUCUGGAAAGCAUCUUGAAUUCAGUCAUAUUGAUGACCAAAGAAGUAUUCAAUGAUCCUUGCGAUUUCACUAAUCAUACAUUAUGCUAUGAUAAAUACCCCCUGGAAACGUGGCAGGCAUGGAUAAAUUUAUUCCGGAUAUGCUCAGGGUACCUGGUCCCUUUGAUAAUCAUCGUGUUUUGCUACCAUAAAAUCUACAAAGUAGUGAGGUGUAAUCAAGCCACAGUAGAUGAAGAAAAGAAAAAAGUGAAGAAACUUAUUCUGAAUAUCACAAUUACUUUCAUUGUUUGCUUCACUCCUUAUCACAUUAUAUUGCUUAUUCGCAGCAUCAAAGAACCUUCCACCCCUGACCCACAGCUUUUUCAGUUGAUGUAUAAGGUUUACAGAAUCACACAGGCCUUAACAAGUUUGAAUUGCAUUGCUGAUCCCAUUCUUUACUGCUUUGUGAGUGAAACUGCACGAACAGACAUACUGAAUUUGCUCAGGUGUUGCUUGUGCCCACGAAAGCAUGAGGGAGACUGA